GUCUCCGAGCGGCUCCGGCGGUGGAGGAUCUGGCGCUCGCUGGGACGGUGCCCUCUGGUCAGAGACGGGGGCUCGAGGGGGUAGGCAGCCGUCCUGACCGUUUGCCCUCUCCCGUGCGAGUGCGGACGCUCCUCCGGGCGCGGCCCGAACUCCGGAGUCUGGCGAGAUCCUCCCGUCUCGUCCGACCGUGGAGGUUCGCGGGCGGCGGCGGCGGCGGCGGCGAGGAACGCGGCCCAGGAUAGCCUCUGGGUUGGGUGAAGCUCUCUGUCUUCCUCUGUCCUGGUGUGGUUGCCAGCCACAGGAUGAACUGUCGCUCAGAGGUGCUGGAGGUGUCAGUGGAGGGGCGACAGGUGGAGGAGGCCAUGCUGGCCGUGCUGCACACGGUGCUCCUGCAUCGCAGCACGGGCAAGUUCCACUACAAGAAGGAGGGUACCUACUCCAUCGGCACUGUGGGCACUCAGGAUGUUGACUGUGACUUCAUCGACUUCACCUACGUCCGCGUUUCCUCUGAGGAGCUAGACCGGGCCCUGCGCAAAGUUGUCGGGGAAUUCAAGGAUGCACUUCGAAAUUCAGGUGGUGAUGGGCUGGGCCAGAUAUCCUUGGAGUUCUAUCAGAAGAAGAAGUCUCGCUGGCCUUUCUCAGAUGAGUGCAUCCCAUGGGAAGUGUGGACGGUCAAGGUGCAUGUGGUGGCCCUGGCCACAGAGCAGGAGCGGCAGAUCUGCCGGGAGAAGGUGGGCGAGAAGCUCUGUGAGAAGAUCAUCAACAUUGUGGAGGUGAUGAACCGGCACGAGUAUCUGCCCAAGAUGCCCACGCAGUCAGAGGUGGACAACGUGUUUGACACGGGCUUGAAGGACGUGCAACCCUACCUGUACAAAAUCUCCUUUCAGAUCACUGAUGCUCUGGGCACCUCUGUCACAACCACCAUGCGCAGGCUUAUCAAAGACACCCUUGCCCUGUAGCCCUUGCUGGAGCCUUGGGAGCUCCUCAAAAGCUCUCAUAUGUUGGCUUCUGAGGAGUGUACUGUCAGACUCUUUGGGGCUCUGGGAACUGACUCUGGGUCAUUGGUGAAACUUGGAAAAGGUAGUUCCUGGCUUCC